GCGGUGAGCGGCGGGGGCCGGCGGCGAGCGGAGGGGGCUCAGCGGCCGCCGGUGUCCGGGCCAUGCACUCCCUCGCCCAGGAGAUCCGCAGCUUCUCCAGGGCCAACCUGCGGAAGCAGCGCACCCGCGUGACGACGCUGACCGGCCGCAGGAUCAUCGAGACGUGGCGCGGCGCCUGCCUGCAGGUGGAGGAGGACGAGGAGGCGGCUCCCGGCGGCGGCGGCUACGUACCGGACCUCAGCGCCGACCUCCAGGUCGGAGUGGUGAAGCCCUGGUUGCUGCUGGGGUCGCAGGAUGCGGCGCACGACCUGGAGACCAUGAGGAAGCAUAAGGUUACUCAUGUUCUAAAUGUGGCAUAUGGAGUACAAAAUGCCUUCCUCGAUGACUUUACAUACAAGACUAUUUCUAUUCUGGAUCUCCCAGAAACUGAUAUUACCUCCUAUUUCCCAGAAUGUUUCGAGUUUAUUGAGACAGCCAAGACCCAGGAUGGUGUGGUGCUGGUCCACUGUAACGCAGGAGUCUCUCGUGCAGCGGCCAUAGUCAUCGGAUUUCUAAUGAAUUCAGAAAGACUGAGUUUUGCUAGAGCCUUCUCCUUGGUGAAAAAGGCAAGGCCUGCAGCUUGUCCAAAUCCCGGCUUCAUGGAGCAGCUUCACAAGUACCAAGAACAGAACAUAAAAGCAAAUGGAAGCAUAAAUGACCACGACUGAUCAAAAGGGAGAAUUGAAACGAUCCGUUUUGACUCUACAGUAACAGAUGUUGGAUGUACUUUUAACCUGUCAUCUUGCAGUCCCCUUUCACACGUGCAUUUUAAAGUUUUUCUCUACACUUUUUUCCUGUGCCCCACCUUCAACCCCCCUCUUUUUUUCAGCACUUAGCAUAUAUAAAUGCCGAAUGGUAUUCCACGGCGUUCAGAGAUGAUUUUGCCCAAGAACAAGCUCUUUCUAGAGUGCUAAUAAAAAGAUAAAAGUUCACUUUUCCUUGAAAUAUUAGGGAAAAAAAACCAGAAUUAUGUUCUUUAUUGAAGCAUCAGAAAAUGCAGGCACUAGAGUAAGGAAAUAAAAUACUGGAGAUGUUGCCCUGUUUAAUACUAAACCAAAUUAUGCGUUCUAGUUAGAUACAAAAACCUAGAUAAUGUUCGUGCAAUAAAGUACCUUCAUAGCGGUUUUUAAAUUUA